CAGAGGCUCGAUGCUGUUGCUGUUGGUAUGGUUUUUCAUAGACUUAUUUUUUUCUUAAAAAUGGAUAUCUAAUAUGAUGUUGAAAUAAUGCAGCUAAUUUACUAUGAUGAAAUUGAAUGCAAGCUCCAAAAAAUAGAACGUAAAACACCAUUAGUUACAAUGUGGACAACAGAUAAGUUGAAGGAAAGACAAUCUUUUGAGAUUGAAGCUGGAGGAUUUGGGGUUGGAAAUCUAAUUGAACAAAGUUCAAAUUUAGAACGUGACAAGAAUGUGAAUCAGGAGAAUGAGAAUCAGGACACACAUAUUGAGGAGUAUGAAGAAAAGUAUGAAACAAUUUUCAACAAUGUCUCAACUGAAAAGGAUAAUAUGGAAGAUAUUAUUUUGCAUUGUCUACCGAAAUUCUCUGAAGACAAUAGAACGAAGGAGAUGAUAAGGAAGUUUAGAGACAUAUUUUCAACUACACUUUUUUCUAGUCGAGAAAAGGGUAAUAAAUAGGAUUUGAUAGAAAUUUGGAAUUACUUAAACGUGGUUAUGGUGACUAAAUAACAAUUCCUUUUGUAAUAUCUAUCUUA